CACUCUCCCUACGGCAUCAUCUACAAACAAAAUGGAGUAGAAAGUAACAACAUUGAACGACGUAAAAUUGUUUAAUUAGAACGAUUUCUUCAUAUACUCGCUCUAGUUGAGUAAAGUUUGUAAAGAAUUUUAAAGUACAAAGACUAGAGAUUAAAUAGAAGUGAACUUGUGUGAAAUGAUAGUGCGAAGUCAUGUUUUAAAUACGAACCAGAAGAAAUGAAAUCAAGGAUGGAUAAAUCAAAUUAUCUGCGUACUCCGGGCCCAGAUCCAAGAUAAGUGGGUUAGGUUCAGCAACCUGUUUCUCCAGAUCUACAUUGGGAACUGUAAACCACGCAGUUCCUCAUGAUGCACUAACCUCUUGGCAUGGAGCCUUCAACAGUUGAUUUAGCUCAGAUACCUAACUCUAUCCAUACAAUGUCUGUCCCCGUUUCUCAAACAGUUCAAUAUUACACUGCCCGGGAUGGUACUCCCGUGGCUAUCGCCCAAAAGACCGUGGUUUCCAGCUCCAACUCAGGGGCGGAGACUAUCGUCCCGGUUACCGCCGUGUCAGGCGGUACAAGCACAAGCUUCCAGCUGAACGCUGACACCCUGCAGCUGAUAGGGAUGUCUGGGACGCUACCGAACAGCAACUUGUUCGUUAACUAUCCCCACACUAUGUGGGAAAGAGAUGCAGAAGGGAACAGAAUACCUAUUCAGGUGACCACUGCAGUCACCCAGGCCGUGGUGAAGGGAGAAGGGGAUGCGUUGAGUCAGGCGGCGGCCGUCAUUAAGAACGAGGUCAACACUCCCAUCAAGAGUGCUGCUGUUCUCACUAAAUCCUUUAUCUGUGACAUCUGCAACAAAGGGUUUGCUAAACGUGAACACCUGACCAAGCAUACUAGGAUACAUAAAGAUACAAAAAGGUAUACUUGCGAGUACUGCCAGAAACAGUUUCGUGACCGGUAUGAACUGGUUCGACAUCAACGUCGACACACCGGCGACUUCCCCUUUAGAUGCAGCGACUGUGAUAAAGGGUUUAUGAGACAUGAACGCUACAUGACUCAUCUUCGCUGGCACUCAGGAGAAAGACCGUUCCAGUGCACCAUGUGUGACAAAAGUUUCCGGGAUCGUAGCGAACUAAACCGUCACUCCAGGAGACAUACGGGAGACCUUCCGUACAAAUGUGGAACCUGUGGAAAAGGAUUUCUGCGUAGGGAGCGGUAUAUCACCCAUGUACGGAUCCAUACCGGAGAAAAACCGUUCGUCUGUUCAGUUUGUAGCCGCGGAUACAGAGAUAAACGUGAGCUGAAGAAGCAUCAAGCAACCCACAACCACCUGGACCAGGAUCCUGAGUCCCCUAACUCUGCAACUAGUCCAAACCAGACGUCUAGUGCUAAUCAUAUAACGGUGAUGUCUCCGACGCGAACUAUUACUGUUGCAGGAAUGUCUCCGACGAAAACUAUCACGGUUUCUGCUCCGGCACAGCAUUCAAACCUGGCAACUAUAACAUUUUCUCUUCCCACCGAACCGGUUCCGAAGAACCAACUGGGAAUGGCCCCCGAACCCCAAAUAUUUGCAGCUCCGCUAAACCCGGCUCAGAUUCAGCUCCCGCCUAGUGUUGCCACUGCUCUUCAGAACAUGAACCAGAAAGCUAAACAAGGUAUCAUGUUAACAACUGCUCCAUCUACGCCGGUCAAACAAGAGCAGCUUACACAGAUCAGCAGCAGCGGACACAUCCUUAAACAGAUUCAAGGAGUUAUAGAAGGAGAAGGUGCUCAGAUAACCCUGGCAGGAGGUUCAUUCCCCGGGCUGAUGGCUGCAGGGGGAAGUCCCCAGGUGUUUUACUACGUGAUGCCCAGCACCAUGCAACCUCUUAUUACAGAUGGAAGUGAAGGAAGGGGAGGAACUACACAGUUCGUGGCCCUACCGGCCGGAGCCUUACAGGCUACAGUACCCGUCUCAUCGGUCAAUGGAGGCUUUCCUCAAUAUUUCAUAGAUUCAAGUGAUGGUUCCGCCUUGGAUAUACAACAGGGGGACGGAUCUAUCAAUUCAUCUCCGCUCCUCGUCUCUCUAGAGACGGGUAUUCAUGAGCAAAGAUCUGUCACCCUGGUUCCUCAACUUGAAUUCACGGAAAAUGAUCUCAAGAUUCGCGAUUCAGUCGAAGAAAUUAUGUGCGCGCGUGAACUUUUGACUCUUGGACAAAAUUGUGAUUUAAGAUUGCAAAAUUUCGAACAAAACAAACAUUCAAGAAUUGUUUUUGAUGUUCCGAGUCACAGCUCCAAGGUUUAUGGUCAGCAGUUCAUCCACAACCCUGAGCUGGUGUCAACCAUUCCGAACCUGGAUGGAAACUUCUCCGAGAGUUCCGACUCCGGAGGGGAGAGUGACUCGGAAAAUUUUUCUGUAUGUAUGAAUCGUGACUUGACCGAGAAAGAUCGGGUAAAAAAACUUAUGUCUGGCUCUAAAUCAACUGUUGAAGGUUCCUGCCCUUUAGUGGUAUCUAAAUCCUUAAUAAAUAAAGAAAAAAAGAAAUUAUGGAAAAAAGUGAAAAGAAACGAUAAAUUUGUUCCUAAAAGUGAUGAACAUUUGAUGGUGGGGGAGACUCCCCCUGACGCUCCGUUGCGUUUAAAGCCAUCCAGAUCUAAGUCUGGAGAAUUAGGUCAAGUGACCGGAAAAACUAAAAGUGAAAUAAACAAUUCCUCAAGUGAAGGUAUUAUAAACCAAGUGUACGGGACUACCCAGUGUAGAAUAAAAGUCUGUGAUAGUACGAACAGUAACAGUGAGGGUCUGAGCAAAAUGAAUUUAAAUAACGUGACGAGUUUAGGCCUGCCGGUAAACCAAUUGAGCCAGGUCAGCACAUCUAAUAUUAUCACGCUGGCUCAUACCAGCUUGAGCGGAACACCGACUUGUGUCUGUGUCUCAAAUCUGAGCAGUGGCGGACAAAUAGUUGCCGUGGCAGGGAUGAACUUGGGAUCUACUCCGCCACUACUAGUCUUCAGUAGUGGAGGCAAUUAUAACACCGGAAGUUUUAUAGGAAAUUUCCCCGGAGGAAUGCCAAUGACAUUGAUUCCCGGCGGAGGGAAUAAAACCCUUAUUCAAGCUACUCAGCUUCAAGCUGGUCAGCUGAAUAUCCAGAGUUCUGAAGUCCUGAAAGUACCUGUAGGAGUAACAAACAGUCAGGGAGGGCUGGUUGCUAUCACUCAACAUAUGGGAACUCUGACACAAAACUCGUCCUUCACACACUCAUCAAAUACGGUCACAACUCCAGCGCCAACAAUCCAGGGGAUGAGAGGGGAAACCUCGGUUAGUUUCGAGGAUAAACCUGUAGUUCGGGAAGCGAGAAUCGAACCAACAAUACAGGAGGACGGGUCUAUUCUCUGGUCUUGUAAUGUUUGCGCUAAGAUCUGUCCGUCUGAAGGUGAACUGAAGAUUCACAAGAAGAGACAUAAAAUUGAUGAAGCUCUAAUCUGUCCCUACUGUAAGAGAAGUUAUGUUGAUCAACACAGAUACGCUGUCCAUGUGAGAAUCCAUACCGGAGAAACUCCGUUCCAUUGUGAACUCUGCGGCAAAGGUUUCAGAGACGAUAGGAAGAUGAAACUUCACAUGGCUCGUCAUAACUCUGGACUAUCCCACAAAUGUCAUCUUUGUCCCCGAAGUUUCGAAGGUCCGAAGGCGCUUGAAAAACAUCUGAAUGCUCAUGCUACAGGGCGUUAUGUGGCACCUAAAGUAAUCCAGAAAUCUGACGGAACUACAGCAAUGGCACUGCCGGAGGAUAAACAAAAAGAUGCAGAAAUGCCGAACCUUACCUCGGAGAUAUCUCGGGACGUUGAACCGUCUCGGACUGCUCCAAGCCCGCAUAUGAUCCUUGGAGAUACCUCUCAUUUCUCAAGAAUAUCCGAAGGAUUGAGUUUUGAUCUGAAGUCUGAAGGUUCCCAGGAGGAUGAUAGUGUAUCCGCUUCCUCCAGUAUGAUUAGUUUAUCUAUGGAUGAUAUUUAUCAGUACAACGUUAAUCAGACAGCAAUAGAAACCCCCAGUAACCCUGACAGUUUGGAUAUCCAGGAGAAACUAACAGAGGGAGCUGCUCGGGUUGUUCCUCUAGACAUGGAUGAGUUUAUGACUGGAGGAUCUAAUCCUCAUCAGAAAAUCAAGGAUGAACAUAAACCUCAACACAACGACUCCGGAGAGUUCCCUGAUCUACUAGACUCAUCCAACAGCCUUGCCAACCUGAACUCCAACUAUAAUUACAGUCAUCAUUACAGCAGUACGACAGACGAAAAGCUGGACAGCUUCUUCAAGGCUGCCGGCAGCAUCAAGGAGGAGUCAGGACUCACAUUCACAACCUUGGACGGACUGAAACCUGAUUAUCCAGAUAUAGAGGUUCCGUCCUUUGCUGACCUUAAACCUUCAGGUCCAAUAGUUGUAGCAAAAAGAUCUGUUGUUCCCAUGACAGAGGUAAAACUAGAUCUGGAGCUAGGAAACCAGGUGGAACUUGAUAUUAAGACUGGUAUCUUACCAGAUGAGAUAAAGCGUGAACCUGCUCCGAUACUAGAGGUUACUGCAUCCAGCCCUGUACAGACCAUGGUAGCUAAUGAUUCGUCUCUUUCUUUCCCUGGUCAGUUUUAUCCUUCUGCGCAACCCUCUUCAUCUCUAACAACUCCUGUGGAGGUUAAUCAAGAACUUAUCACUAAGCAAGAAACUCCAAUUGUAAAUAUAUCAGAUCUUUCUGCCUCCUCUUUAUCCUUGAAAGAGGAAAAGGAUUUGAUACCAACCCAACCCAGUGCUCCAGCUCCCAAACCCCUGGAACCUCUAGUACAGAAGGACCCAGUAAAGGAAACCUACACUGUUAUUACCGAAGGUGGACUUAAAGUCGAAGUUCCAACUAUUAUUACCGGAGGUUAUGACUUUGAUAAUCUUCUAUGCCUAUUUUGUGAAAAACAACAGUUCAAAAACGACAAAACCUUAAUAAAUCAUCUAUUAAGCCAUUUUGGGGUAGCCCCUAAAAUGGCUACAUGUCCGAUCUGUCAUUUAUCUCUGCAGAAAAAAUCCUUUGCUCGUCAUGUUAGACUUCAUGGAGACGUGCAGCCGGAAGUGUGUCCUUAUUGUAAGAAAGAAUUUAGAGAAAAAAGAUCUUUAGAGAAGCAUGUCAGAGCUAUUCAUGAAGCAGAGCGACCGUUUCCCUGUGACCAGUGUUCCGAGGCCUUCAGAAACCAAAUAGAGUUAAAAAAUCACAAAACCAGACAUUUGAAAGAUCACCCCUUCAAAUGUGACACGUGCCCUAUGUCCUUUCAAAAACAGGAAGCUCUCACCACCCACUACCGUCUUCAUACCGGAGAGAAACCCUUUGCUUGUAAUUUCUGCGAUAAAAAGUUUACAAGUGAAAAAAAUAGACGAGUUCAUGUACUCCGUCACGAGGGAAGUUUGCCGCAUAAGUGUGAGGACUGUGAUAUGACUUUUCAAUCAAGAUCCCAUCUCAUCAAGCAUGCAACUAGUCACACCAGGAAAACUCAAGAUGCUGUGGUGGAUAAAAUCCACACAUUCUUAGAAUCUUUUGGAGCAUCUCUAGGUGAGUUUGGACUGGAUGAUACUUAUGACUCAAAUGAUCAAAUUUCCCUUCACCCAGCGUCUGAAAGCGGAGAAAUUGAAGAUCAUUCGGUCAAACUCUCCAUGGAGACGUUUUCUGAAACCAAGACAUUGGAAGCAGCAGCUGCUUCAGCAACAAUACCAUCUUCAGCUGAUACUGCCUUUUUUGAUCUGACAGAAGAUACAGAUUCUCAGGACGAGAUGAAGAAAUCUGGAAACUUCUCCUCAUCCUCUGUUCCAUCCUUGGUAAACGGACUGAGUGAGGAAGAUGCUGAAAGAAUGGCAAGAGCAGAACUCGACUCUGAAAUUCCUCCAACAGCGGACGGAACUCAUCUUUGUCAGAUGUGUAACACAAGGCUUGGAAAUAAGAGAUCUUACAUUAUCCAUCUUAGAAGACAUGCUGGGAUGCUGAACUUCAGGUGCAACUAUUGUCCUAAAACGUUCCAAGGACGUGUCAAGUUGAAUAGACAUAUGAAUACACAUCUCCGGGACGGAGCGCUACCUCCUGUCAUGGCUAAACCUGAGUUCACAAGAAAAGAUCCUGUACCAGGUCCGAGCAUGGUUCAAGAGAAACCUGGUUUCUGCUGUAAUCAGUGCAGUAAGAUUUGUCCUGAUAAAGCAUCCCUGCAAGAGCACACUAAGAUGCAUCUGAUUGAAGAUGCUAAAGCUAAAUUCAGCACUACUCCGAAAGAGAAAAAGGAGUUGGGUUGGGAUUAA